GCGAGGCGGGCGGGUCGCUUGGGGCUCCCGGCGGGAGAGGAGGGAAGGGGAGGGGAAGUGGCAGUGGAGCUCCCGGACUUCACCAUGUCCCUGCCGCCGGAGAAAGCGUCUGAGCUCAAGCAGCUCAUCCACCAGCAGCUCAACAAGAUGGAUGUCCAUGGCAGGAUAAGAGAAGUCCUUGCUGAAACUAUCCGGGAAGAAUUGGCACCUGAGCAACAACUUUCAACAGAAGAUUUAAUAAAAGCUCUUAGACGCCGAGGAAUCAUAGAUGAUGUCAUGAAGGAGCUCACUUUCGUUACUGAUCUAGCUGAUGGAGAACUGACUUCCUCUCCAAAACCAUCUAAUUUUAAUGAUAAGCAGUCAACCCUAUUGAAAAAAACUAAUAUUGAUCCAACACGGAGGUAUCUUUACCUUCAGGUUUUGGGUGGAAAAGCUUUCUUGGAACAUCUACAAGAACCUGAUCCUCUACCCGGGCAAAUUUGUUCUACCUUCACUUUGUGUUUACAUUUUCGAAACCAACGUUUCCGCUCUAAACCUGUCCCAUGUGCCUGUGAACCAGAUUUUCAUGAUGGCUUUUUGCUUGAAGUACACAGAGAAAGCUUAGGUGAUGGAACUAGAAUGGCUGAUGCAACAACAAUGUUAUCAAUAUGUGAUCCAAUACAUAUGGUUCUAAUAAAAACUGAUAUAUUUGGUGAGACCUCUUUAGUAGCAUCGUACUUUUUGGAAUGGAGAUCAGUCCUUGGCUCAGAUAAUGGAAUGACCAAUAUUGCUGUGGAACUUCUAGGUGUAGGUACAGAAUCAAAAGUUUCUGUUGGAAUUUUAAAUGUAAAACUUGAGGUAUACCCACAACUUAAUCAAACAUUGUCUCAAGAAAUAGUAAAUACUCAGCUUGCUUUGGAACGACAGAAAACAGCAGAGAGAGAACGAUUAUUUCUUGUAUAUGCUAAGCAGUGGUGGAGAGAAUAUCUGCAAAUACGACCUUCCCAUAACUCAAGGCUGGUAAAGAUUUUUGCACAGGAUGAAAAUGGGAUAAAUAGACCAGUAUGCUCUUAUGUCAGACCCCUUCGAGCUGGACGGCUCCUGGAUACUCCAAGGCAAGCAGCAAGAUUUGUUAAUGUCCUUGGUUAUGAAAGAGCCUCUGUUAUUGGAGGAGGAGGUAAACACGAACAGUGGUGCACUCUACUGGCCUUUCUCUGUAGAAACAAGGGUGACUGUGAAGAUCAUGCUAACCUUUUGUGCAGCCUUCUCCUUGGAUAUGGAUUAGAAGCCUUUGUUUGUGUAGGGACAAAAGCUAAAGGAGUCCCUCAUGCUUGGGUCAUGACAUGUGGGACUGAUGGCACCAUUACUUUUUGGGAAAGUUUAACAGGGCAUAGGUAUAUACAUAAACCCAUCAAUCCUGAUGAACCUCCAGCUGUUGAACAACCCAAACCACUCUACCCAUAUCGAACUAUAGGGUGUGUUUUCAAUCAUCAAAUGUUUUUGGGAAACUGCCAACCUUCUGACUCAGUAGAACUUUGUGUAUUUGAUCUGAAUGAUGAGUCCAAAUGGAAACCCAUGAGCGAAGAAGCAAUCAAAUCAGUUUGUGCUCCUGGUGCCACAACUUCACUUCCUCCCUUUCCCCCUCUUUGUGCUUCAGUAAUUGAUUCUUCAGUAACAAGUAAUGAAAUUGAGAUGCAACUGAGAUUGCUGGUGUCAGAACACAGACAGGAUCUUGGCCUCACUACUGUUUGGGAAGACCAGCUCUCCUAUCUUUUGUCACCAGCUUUGGCAUCUUAUGAAUUUGAGCGCACAACUAGCAUAUCUGCAGGAAAUGAAGAAUUUCAAGAUGCCAUACGAAGAGCUGUACCUGAUGGUCACACAUUUAAAGGGUUCCCUAUACAUUUCGUAUAUAGAAAUGCAAGACGAGCGUUUGCUACAUGUCUGCGGUCUCCCUUCUGUGAAGAAAUAAUCUGUUGCCGAGGUGACCAAGUGCGACUUGCUGUCCGUGUUCGAGUAUUUACCUACCCUGAAUAUGCUUGUGCUGUUUGGAUCAUGUUUGCUUGUAAAUAUCGAUCUGUGCUGUGAGAAGAAUAACACAUAUUUUUUUUGAGAGAGACUUGAGACUGUACAUCAUUAGCCAUUCACAGGUGCUUUCUUGUAAAAUCACUAUCUGGCUCCUAUAUCACAAUAUCAAUUUUGUAUAUAAACUUAACAAAUAAUGUUUGCAAAUAUCAGUGUGUGUAUUUAACAAUUAAGUAUAAAAAGACGUGUGUAAACUUGCGUGGGGUGUAGUAUAAAUUAAGUGUGUAUUUUAUUUUAAUAAAUGCCAUAUUGUUUACAGGUAUUCAGUAGUAUAAAUAGAAUAUUACUCAGUUUUCUGAAGUUCUUAAUUCUUCACCCAAAAGCUAUGUCUCUAAGGGUAUGAGUUGUGGUAAGAUCAGUAGGACUACUAAGUUUUACAAAUAAAAUGAUUUAAAUUUUGUACAGGUGGAAAUACUCUAAGUUAAUAUUACAACAGUAAUAUAGCUGAAAAGAAGUGAGAAAAGUAGAUUUUGAUAGUUCACUAAUAGGCUCAGCCAGCCAAUGGUUCUCUAGUGUCUGAUCAUCCUAAAGUCCCUUUGAAGGAAGUGUGAAGAAAAACAGUCAGUAAAGCCAACAUUCUUAACAAAUAAAACAAAACAUACACCACAUGAAACAAUUGAAAUAUGUAAAUGUCAGGUCUACUUAGUUUAAUAAAUAGAUUGGGUAUUAAGGGAGGGGAGUACUUUGUCAAUGAUACCGAUGAUUCUAGUUUCUAUGGAAUGUUGUCAGGUUGGCCAGCCCUGUAUAUAGUAUAUAUUACCUCCAAAACAUUCACAGCCAUCAUCCAUACUUGGAAGAGCUCAAUGAUCCUUGCCUUUCCAGCUCUAAACCCGUGAUAUGGUAUGAUAUAUUUUUAAAAGUCCUAGACUAAUCUGGCCUAAUCACAAAAUCAUUUGUGAGACUUCAGAAUGAGAGGGUAUGAUAGAUGUAAUGUAUACAUUAAUUAUAAUCUUCAGGGAAUGCUAUUUUACCACUGGUGAUAAUACUAUAUUACAUUUUAUAAUGCUUUACAGUUUUUAAAGCACUUUCACAUGUUAUUUAAUUUGAUCCUUAAAAUAAUCUUGUUAGGUUAUGCAAGACAAGUAUUGCUUCCCUGCACUUAACAGAUGACAAAGUUGGGACUCUAACUAAAGAGAAGAGUAAGCCCAAGAUAAAUAGCCAGUAAAUUGCAGAGAUUAUACUAGAAUUCGGGUCUUCUGACCACUAAUCCAGGUUAUUCCUUGUUACUCUCAGAUAAUCAUAUCAAGGGAAGCACUUGAGAGGUUGUGUAUACCUUUUUUUAUAGAGUCAAUAAGAAUUUGAAUGGUGCAAAUGAUAGGUUUGACUCUUCUUGCUUGAGCACAGUAUUCAUUGUCCUGGGCACAAUUCUACUCAUUCGUAUUUUAAUUUCACAUUUUACUCAUCAUGUACACUUAGGUGAUUUACUUGAACAGAGGAAGGAGGAUGGCAGGGCUAUAACUAAAAUAUUAGAGAUGUCUAUUACUGGGGAAAUAUUACCACAUAGCCUUUUCAGGUCCAUAGUCACUGUAAAAUUAUCUGGAUGUUUUUUCAAAGUUAAUCAGAACAUAUGUAAUAUUAAAGGUCCUUUAAAUAAUAAUUGAAAGGAAUUUUAUAUUUUCAAACAAAAGGAAAAUUUUUUAAACUUCUCCUUAAUUCUACCAUUUCUUACUUUCUACCUACCUCUAGAAAUUAGUGAUUUAAGUUUUAAAAGCAUUAAAAAUCUAGAAUUAUCUUAUAUUCUAAAAUAUGCUUUCCAUUUUAUUUUUAAUUAUGAUAAGGAUCAUUACUUAAUUUGUGCUUUUUAAAAAAACACUGAAAAUACCUCAGUAUAACCUUUUUUGCACCAUUUUUACUGAAAAAUUUAAUGUUAUUUAUGAGAAUUAUGAAUUGCAGUUUUAGUAAAAUGGGAUUUAAGAAGUUUCUACUAUACUACCAAAUGUGACAAUUAAGCUAGGAAAAGAAUUGUUAAAUGAAAAUUGCCUAUUUGCUUCAUACUGAACUCAUAACAAUCAAAAGAUUUGCUCAUAAAUUUUGAAACAACUUAAUUUUAUCUAAUACAACUAAUGCAUGCAGAGACAUGAAUCUUUCAAGACUAAUGCUAUCAUACUGCUGGGCUAACAGAUAAAAAUGAGUAAGUAUAUGAUGAUUAAGAGUAUGUCUGCUAUUUAAAUUCUAGCUUAAGGUAAAAUGAAUUUGGUUUUUAAUGCAUUUGAGUAGAAUGUUAAUAUGAUUACUACUCAUUGCAAAACUCAUUUGCUUAAAACAUUGGACCAGUACAUUUCUCAUUCCCGAUGUAACUGCUGCUCUACUUCUUACUAGUUCUUUUUCUUUUAAAAAAUUAAAGGUAUAGGGGGCAGCUAGGUGAUGCAGUGGAUAGAGCACUGGCCCUAGAUUCAAGAGGACCUGAGUUCAAAUCUGGCUUCAGACA